GACAAUUUAAAUGAAGGUCGAUUCUGUUCACAGAUUAUAAAAUUUAAAACAAAAAUUGAAUUGAUUUCCUUCAAAUAUUUUUUUCCAAUGAUUAGUUAAUAAAAUGUUAUAAACUAGCUGGGGCAAGACUAGCUGGGGCAACUCUGGCUGAGACAACACUAACUGUGACAACACAAGCUUGGGCAACACUAGCUGGGGCAACAGUAGCCGGGGAAACACUAGCUGGGACAACACUAGCAGUGACAACACUAGCUGGGGCAAUACUAGCUGAGACAACACUAGCUGGGGCAAGACUAGCUGGGGCAACAAUGGCUAGGGCAACACUAGCUGGUACAACACUAGCUGGGGCAACACUAGCUGGUACAACACUAGCUGGUACAACACUAGCUGGUACAACACUAGCUGGUACAACACUAGCUGGGGCAACACUAGCUGGGGCAACACUAGCUGGGAUAAAACUAGCUGGGAUAAAACUAGCUGGGCAACACUAGCUGGUACAACACUAGCUGGGACAACACUAGCUGGGGCAACACUAGCUGGGGCAACACUAGCUGGUGUACAACACUAGCUGGUACAACACUAGCUGGGGCAACACUAGCUGGGGCAACACUAGCUGGGAUAAAACUAGCUGGGAUAAAACUAGCUGGGCAACACUAGCUGGUACAACACUAGCUGGUACAACACUAGCUGGGGCAACACUAGCUGGGGCAACACUAGCUGGUACAACACUAGCUGGGGCAACACUAGCUGGGAUAAAACUAGCUGGGAUAAAACUAGCUUGGCAACACUAGCCGGGGCAAAUCUAGCUGGGGCAACUCAGCUACGCUACGCGUGUAAAAUACGGGAAGAUGUGCAUUUAUCUAAAAUAAUAAUUUCGGAUGGCACUCCAUACAUCACCUAAUGCGUUGUUGUUUUGACGCUAUGCAGCGUGGGUAGUGACGGUAACUGGUGCCGUUAUCUUUUGGUGUUUACCGUGAGUGGCGCCAUUUUUGUAGGGUAUCAACGUGUACUGACACCAUGCUGGUUUUAAAACAGGCCUUGGUGGGAUUUGGUGCGUCCUUGAUCAAGUUGACGACGGCUGAGGCAGCAAAUGAGAGCGCAUCACGGUGCGCAUUGAGAGCGGGAGAAAAUUUGUGUGUGUUUGGG